UUGCCCAGCGCCCACAGCCUAGACAUCAUUGAAUUGGAGAGAAGUGUGAAGCGCUCCUUUGAACCCUGAAGCUAGUAACCCACCUCCUGCCUUGCAUUAUUUCCCAGUGCCCUACUAUCUUCCCAUUCUGGAUGCUUUCCACAAAGUCUAAUGCAAAUAUUUCCUGCUGCUGUUCAGCCACAGCAUAAAGAUGAAUCCCAGUUGCUUCAUCUCUCAGGGAUUCCUAGGACUCAGAGUAAGGCAGUGAGAUCUUCUCUACCCACCUUACCUGGCCAUGAAACUCACAAACCAUAGCCAUCAGAACCCAACCUCCUUUCUGCUCAUGGGAAUUCCAGGCCUGGAGGCAUCCCACUUUUGGAUUGCUUUUCCCUUCUGCUCCAUGUAUGCCCUGGUAGUGCUGGGAAGCAUGGUGGUGCUGCUAGUGGUACAUUCAGAGCCUGUAUUGCACCAGCCCAUGUACCUGUUCCUCUGCAUGCUAUCCACCAUUGACCUGGUCCUCUGCACCUCCACUGUGCCCAAGCUCCUUGCACUUUUUUGGGCAAAGGAUGCUGAGAUCACCUUUGGGGCCUGUGCUGCCCAGAUGUUCUUUAUCCAUGGCUUCUCAGCUGUAGAAUCUGGUAUACUGCUAGCAAUGGCCUUUGACCGCUACUUAGCCAUCUGCCGGCCUCUGCACUAUGGGUUGUUGCUCUCCCCAGAGUCUGUAGGCAAGCUGGGGGCUGCAGCUGUGCUUCGUGGCUUGGGACUCAUGACCCCACUCACCUGCUUGCUGGCAAGACUGAGGUACUGCAGUCGAGUGGUGGCCCACUCCUACUGUGAACACAUGGCUGUGGUGAAGCUGGCUUGCGGAGAAACACAGCCAAACAACAUCUAUGGCAUCAUCGCUGCCACACUGGUUGUGGGCACUGACUCCAUCUGUAUUGCUGUCUCCUAUGCACUCAUCCUCCGGGCUGUGUUAGGCCUCUCCUCCAAGGAGGCAAGGGCUAAGACCUUUGGCACUUGUGGCUCCCACCUGGGGGUCAUCCUUCUCUUCUACACACCAGGACUCUUCUCCUUCUACACACAGCGGUUUGGCCAGCACGUGCCCCGGCACAUCCACAUCCUCCUGGCUGACCUCUACCUGGUUGUGCCACCCAUGCUCAACCCCAUCAUGUAUGGUAUGAAGACCAAGCAGAUCUGGGAUGGGGCCCUCCGGCUUCUGAAGUGGAGCCCUGCUCAGUCAUAG